AUGGGCUCGCAACUUGGUCUCGGUGGCUACGUCGCCAUCGCUGCCGUGAUCUGGAUAGUACAGACCCUCUACAAAGGUCUCACGUCGCCGCUGCGUCGCGUUCCCGGUCCAUUUUUUUCAAACUUCACUCGUCUCCCACUGAAGCUUGCGACCAUAGGGGGUCGACAGCUAUACUUUAUCCAUGAACUGCACCAGCGGUAUGGCCCCGUGGUUCGCAUCUCCCCGACCGAAGUCUCCGUCGCAUCUCUGGACGGGUUCAAAGAAAUCCACCGAGUAGGCAAGGGGUUUCCGAAGGGAGAGUGGUACCAGAAGCUCUCACAGAACCGGGCGGGCGUUUUCCACAUGCGCGAUUCCAAGGCGCACGCCUAUCGACGGAAGCUUUUUGCGCGCGCGUUCUCCAAGUCUGAAAUUCGAAGUUUAUGGGAGCCCGUGAUCAGAGAAAAGGCUCAGUUGACUGUGUCGCAAAUCCAGGCCGAGCUGAAGGCCACGGGGGUCUGCGACGUGCUGAAAUGGGCGACGUUUUUCUCGACGGAUGUGAGCGGGCAUCUGAUGUUUGGAGAAUCCUUUGAAAUGCUGCGACUUGGAAAGAAAACCGAGUAUAUCCGCAUCCUCGAGUCGGCGCUGAAGGGUGCGGGGAUUGCUGUCGAGCUUCCAUUUCUGCGCGCUAUCGCCCCCUAUGUCCCCAUCAAGGCGUUUCGGGGUCUGUUCAUACCUGGCGCGUCGAUCGCGGAGUACAGCCAGCGCGCUGUCACCAACGGCCGAAAGAACAGCGAUUCCUGUCGCAAUAUUUUCUCUGGUCUUAUUGCCGAAUCCGAGAAGGGGCAAUCAGCCAUUACUGACGCGGAUGUGGCCUUUGAAGCUGGGAACUUGAUCAUCGCCGGCUCCGACACCACCGCGGUCACCUUGACGUACCUCAUUUGGGCGGUGCUGUCGCGUCCAGCUCUCCGUUCCCAGCUAGAGACCGAGCUCGCCGGUGUCAACGAGAACUAUGUCGAGGCAGACCUGGAAUCACUUCCGUUGCUCAAUGCCGUCAUCCUGGAGACACUCAGACUCUAUGGCGCGGCUCCUGGGGCUCUGCCGCGGACAGUCCCAGCCGGGGGUGUGACGCUGUCUUCACACUAUCUGCCGUCGGGGACAACCGUCAGCACCCAGAACUGGACCAUGCACCGCGAUGAAAAGUUUUUCUCAGACCCUGAAUCAUUUGAUCCCUCCCGGUGGCUGCCUGGAGAUAACGAGGUGUCCGAGCUAGCGCGAGAAGCGUUUGCUCCCUUUGGCGCUGGGGCGCGAAUUUGUCUCGGAAUACACAUUGCCUGGAUGGAGCUGCGGCUGGCAGUGACUGAGUUCUUUCGUCGUUGUGAGAAUGUGCAAUUGGCGCCGAGUACUACUGAAGAGAGUAUGAAGCCGGUGCACUAUUUUUUGAUUGCACCGUCGGCUCAUCAGUGCGAGGUGGUGUUAAAGUGA